AAAGACAUGGGACUUGAAGUCAACAACAGUGGUGCUUAAUUAAUUUUUUUUAUUAUUACUUUUUCACAGAUGUACAGAUUAUCUAUUCAGAUAUAACAGGCAUACAUUUUCUUCUAGAGCCAUGUUUUCACUAGUAAUAUUCUCAGGUUUCUUUAGCCUCACACUGUGUGCCCCUCAGUAUGUCUUUGUCAGUGAAUCCAAGACUUGGGGAGAAGCUCAGAAAUACUGUAGAGAUAAAUACACUGAUCUGGCCACCGUUGAAAAUCAACAACAGACGAUUCAGUUAAUGGACACAGUGAAUAAUGAUUCCAUUGAUUUGGCCUGGAUUGGACUCUAUGAUGAUCUGAACAGUUGGAAAUGGACUCUAGAGGACAGUGAUUUCUUUAAGGCAGGGGAGAAAGACUUUAGGAACUGGUAUAAUCAAGGACCAGGCUAUUAUGGAGCACAAAGUCUGUGUGUUUAUAUAAACAAUGGGAUAUGGUAUACAGCAAGCUGCUCCAGUGCAUUUUAUCCUACGGUCUGCUAUGACGGAAGAGAAAAUGCAGGUACAAAGUAUGUUUUCAUUUACCAGUACAGAACCUGGGCUGAAGCUCAGAGUUACUGCAGAGAACAUCACACAGACCUCAUCAGUAUCAGAAAUGAUGCUGAAAACCAAAAGAUUCAGUAUUUAUUACGAAAUAUUUAUUAUUACAAUAUUUGGAUUGGACUGUACAGAACCUGGUCUUGGUCAGAUCAGAGCAACUCUUCAUUUACUUACUGGAGCACAUAUCAACCCGAUACUUCAGGAUCCUGCACCACAGUCUCAUUCAGUGACUCUGGGAAGUGGACUGAUGAAAACUGCAAUUAUGCCUUUCCUUUCAUUUGCUACAGUGCAUCAGCAUCAUCCCGUCAGUAUCACUUUGUGAACGAGUCUAAGAGCUGGACUGAAGCUCAGACAUACUGCAGACAGAAUUACACUGAUCUGGCCACCAUUGAUAACAUGGAUGAAAUGAACAGACUGAUUAACACAGUUAAUGGGAGUUACAGCGGCUCAGCCUGGAUUGGACUAUAUGGUGAUAUAAACAACUGGAGAUGGUCACUGGAAAACAAUGAUUUCUAUCAGAAAGGAGAGAAAGAUUUCAGAAACUGGUAUCAUGAACCAGACAAUAAUGGUGGGAACCAACUGUGUGCUUACAUGAGUAGCGGAAAUUGGUAUGAUCUCUCAUGUGACAACAUACUGCCAUUUGUUUGCUAUGAUGGUAGAGAGACUGCCACAGAGAGGUACAUUUUUAUCUAUAACUGGAGAACCUGGUCAGAGGCUCGUAAAUACUGCAGAGAUCAUUAUACAGAUCUCGCCAAUGUGAGAAAUCAGACUGAGAACCAGAUCAUCUGGGGAAAAACAUGGGGAUAUGGAGUCUGGAUCGGACUGUACAGAAACAGGAUUUGGUCAAACAGUCAGAAUACUACAUAUCAAAACUGGAGGCCACAAAUUCCUGGGUUACCGGCGCAACCAGACAAUGGCAACUCUCAAUAUUCUGAGUAUGGGUUUCAGCACUGUACUGCUGUAUCAUUCAGAUAUUCAGGCAGAUGGACAGAUGAGAUGUGUUUAUCCAGCAUGCCUUUCUUCUGCUACAGCAGAAGCUGCACACAAUCUUCAUGCACCCGUGAGUAUCACUUUGUGUCUGAGUCUAAGAGCUGGACUGAAGCUCAGACAUACUGCAGACAGAAUUACACUGAUCUGGCCACCAUUGAUAACAUGGAUGAAAUGAACAGACUCAUUAAAACAAUACGAGGAACUUACUUUGGAUCAACUUGGAUUGGACUCUAUGAUGAUAUAAACAGCUGGAAAUGGUCACUGGAUAAUGCAGCAUUAGAUGGAGGUUUUAAAAGCUGGUAUGUUCAAAAACCAUUGAACUCGUAUGGACAGAGUCUGUGUGUGUACAUGUCGUAUUAUCAGGGAACAUGGAGUGAAGCCUUUUGCUCCAAUCAAUAUCCUUUUGUUUGCUACGAUGGAAGGGUGAACGCUAGUUCAAGUUAUGUCUUCGUUUAUCAAUUCAAACCCUGGAGUGAAGCUCAGAGUUACUGCAGAGAACAUCACACAGAUCUUGUCAGUAUCAGGAAUGAGAUUGAAAACUACAGGGUUAAAUCAUUACUUCAAUAUUAUUCAGUUGCUUGGAUUGGAUUGUACAGAACCAGAUCUUGGUCAGAUCAGAGCAACUCUUCAUUCAGUAACUGGAGGACAGGACAGCCAGAUAAUGCUGGAAACAGUCAAUACUGCACUGCAGUGUCUUUUAGUGACUCUGGGAGCUGGACAGACGAAAACUGCAACAUUGCAUUACCUUUCGUUUGCUACAGCGCAUCAGCAUCAUCCCGUCAGUAUCACUUUGUGAAUGAGUCUAAGAGCUGGACUGAAGCUCAGACAUACUGCAGACAGAAUUACACUGAUCUGGCCACCAUUGAUAACAUGGAGGAAAUGAACAGACUGAUUAACACAGUUAAUGGAAGGUACAAUGGUUCAGCCUGGAUUGGACUGUAUGAUGAUAUAAACAGCUGGAGAUGGUCACUGGAAAACAAUGAUUUCUAUCAGGAAGGAGAGAGAGAUUUCAGAAACUGGUAUCAUGAACCAGACAACUAUGGUGGGAACCAGCUGUGUGUUUACAUGAAUUAUAAUGGGAAAUGGUAUGAUAUCUCAUGUGACAGCAUGGUGCCAUUUGUUUGUUAUGAUGGUAGAGAAACUGCUAUACAGCAGUACAUCAGAAUUAAUAACCUGACAAACUGGUCAGAGGCUCGUAGAUACUGCAGAGAUCAUUACACAGAUCUCGCCAAUGUGAGAAAUCAGACUGAGAACCAGAGGAUCCUUGAGAUAGCAGUUGGAGGAGUCUGGAUCGGACUGUACAGAAACAGGAUUUGGUCGAAUGGUCAGAAUACCAAAUAUGAAGAUUGGAGACCAGCCAUUCCGUAUUCACAACAGCAACCAGAUAAUGGAAUAUAUGAGUAUGCCCAGUGGUUUUCUCAGCACUGUACUGCUGUAUCAUUCAGUCAUUUAGGUCGAUGGACUGAUGAGAACUGCUUAUCCAGCAUGCCUUUCAUCUGCUACAGCAGAAGCUGCACACAGUCUUCAUGCACCCACCAGUAUCACUUUGUGUCUGCGAAUAAGACCUGGACCGAAGCUCAGACAUACUGCAGACAGAAUUACAUUGAUCUGGCCACCAUUGAUAACAUGGAGGAAAUGAACAGACUGAUUAAAACAGUGCAUAGGACUUAUGGCAAAGCUUGGAUUGGACUCUAUGAUGAUAUAAACAGCUGGAGAUGGUCAGUGGAUAAUACCUCAUUAGAUGGAGGUUUUAAAAGCUGGUAUGUUCAGCAACCAGUAAAUGUUAAUGGACAGAGUCUGUGUGUGUACAUGUCAUAUACUCAAGGAAUAUGGAGUGAAUCCCCUUGCCACUAUACAUAUCGGUUUGUUUGCUAUGAUGGAAGAGUGAACGCUAGUGCAAGUUAUGUCUUUGUUUAUCAAUACAAAACCUGGAGUGAAGCUCAGAGUUACUGCAGAGAACAUCACACAGAUCUUGUCAGUAUCAGGAAUGAGAUUGAAAACUACAGGGUUCAGUUAUUACUUCAAUAUUAUUCAGUUGCUUGGAUUGGAUUGUACAGAACCAGAUCUUGGUCAGAUCAGAGCAACUCUUCAUUCAGUAACUGGAAGACAGGACAGCCAGAUAAUGCUGGAAACAGUCAAUACUGCACUGCAGUGUCUUUUAGUGACUCUGGGAACUGGACAGACGAAAACUGCAACAUUGCAUUACCUUUCAUUUGCUACAGCGCAUCAGCAUCAUCCCGUCAGUAUCACUUUGUGAAUGAGUCUAAAAGCUGGACUGAAGCUCAGACAUACUGCAGACAGAAUUACACUGAUCUGGCCACCAUUGAUAACAUGGAUGAAAUGAACAGACUGAUUAACACAGUUAAUGGAAGGUACAAUGGUUCAGCCUGGAUUGGACUGUAUGAUGAUAUAAACAGCUGGAGAUGGUCACUGGAAAACAAUGAUUUCUAUCAAAAAGGAGAGAGAGAUUUCAGGAACUGGUAUCAUGAACCAGACCAUGGAGGCUAUGCGGACAACAUGUGCGUUUACAUGAAUAAUUACGGAAACUGGUUUGAUACGUCAUGUGGCAAUUUUUACACAUUUGUCUGCUAUGACAGCAGAAGAAACGCCACUCAGAAAUAUGUCCCUGUAUUUAGUGGAAUGACCUGGGCUGGAGCUCAGAGCUACUGCAGAGAGAAAUACACAGACCUGGCCAGUGUGAGGAAUGAGACAGAGCGUCAACAGAUACUAAACGCUAUGAGUAGUUCUUGGUAUUGGUAUUGGUAUUGGUAUUACGGAUAUUCUGUGUGGAUUGGUCUGUACAGAAACAGACUGUGGUCAGAUCAGAGCACCUCUUCUUUUACAUAUUGGCUGCCAUACACUAAUUUUAUUGCUGCACAACCAGAUAAUGGUGCAAGUGUCCCAGGAGAGGAGGGAGCUCAACACUGCACAGCUACGUCUUUACAAUAUUUUGGCCAGUGGACAGAUGAGAGCUGCUUUGACAGUCUGCCUUUCUUCUGUUACAGUGAUGAAUACGUGAUGGGACUGAGAGUGGAAGUUACAAGUCUGGACAAUCUGUCAGAAUCUCAGAUUGAAGAGCUGGUGAUUCAACAGCUCCAGGAAGAAUUAAUUAGACAAGGACUUCCCAGCAACUUCACCAUGCAUUUGAGAAACUAUCGAAAAACCAAUCCAUGAGGGGAAAAAAGGAGCAUUCCAGGAUAUUAAAAUGGUUUAACUAAACUAUUCCUGAACAUUUGCAGUUUGUGUGUUCUUUGCAAAUUCCUAUCUUUACAGAAAAUAAUCACAAUAAUCACAUAUAUACCCCCACUAAAGACUUUUUUUCAAAAUAAUGAAUCGUAUACAGCAUAUACUGUACUCAUUUUUGGAACGUAAUAUGCUUUGUGAUUACUUUGAGUAAUUAAACUGAUCGAAUAUUUUGUGUCAUCAGAUAUUAUUUACAGUAAACCUCUUAACUUUGCAAUUAAAAGUUCUUUGUUAAAUGUAGAGAUGAUUUGUCGAUCUGUAUGUGUAUUUGUAAUUCUAAUCCAAACAUAACGAUAAAUCAGCUUUUUGGCAUUUCAGGAAUAUGUCUACAGCAAAUCUUUGUUCUCUCCUCUACAUGGUCACAUGGUUUAUGGAGCUUUUGAAUGGGUUCAAGCAGAUAGACAGCAUUUUUACUAUACUUGCAGCGUGUUGUGGUAAAUAUGGACAAAGCAUAUAAAUUGAUUGUGCAUUAGCAGUAGCAUAAAUUGACAGUAGCAUUAAUUACGGUAGCAUUUUAUUCUGAGGAGUAAUAAGUGAUAACUUGAUGACUUCAGUAAUAUUUACUAAAUUUGGUACUAAAUAAUAUGUGCAAGACCAAUUAAAAUACAACAUUUUAUAAUCUAUGAAUCUGAUUUUAGUAUUGUAGUAUUUAAGGUUAAAACAGAUUCCCUUUUUAUGUUAUGGUUGAACCACUGAUGGCAGAUGGAUGUUUCUAACAAUGUCUUUUAUCAUUUUCUGGACCUUGAGUGUUCAUUACAUGGUCUCUGGUCUACAGUACAGUUCCACAAACAGAUGAAGAAAGAAAUCUGACUUGACUUAAAGAUCAUUUGUAGUUGUUUAGACAUGUUUUAUCUGUUUUAUGGACUAUGUUGUCAUUGCCUAUUUUAUAUUAUUUUCUAGUUUAUCAUACACUUGAAUAAAUAAUCAUAAACAAC